CCCGUUCUCUGGCGCUCUCCCUUUUCAAGUUUCCCCAGAUAGAACGAAGAGAGAGAGAGAGAGAGAGAGAGAGAGACAAAGAGAGAGGACGAGAGAAGAGGGGAUCGGAGGAGAUCUCGAGAUCAAUGGCGGUGUUGCGAUCGGCGACGAUCGCCGUCGUCGUCGGCGGGGGCGGCGGCGGCGGCGGUGGAGGUGGCGGAGCGGUGGCUGCGGCGAGGGGGAGGUAUCAGCAGCAGGUGUGGCCGGUGGACUACGAGGCGGAGGUGUCGCAGCGGCUGGUGGAGGCGGCGGCGCGCGGCGACGCGAAGGCGGCGGCGGAGUGCCUCGCCGACGCCGCCGUGGACGUGAACUACGCCGGCGCCGUGUGGCUCCGCUCGCGCCGCGUCGAGGUGGCGCUCCGCGAGGAGGCCCCCGACGAGGUCCUCGUCGAGUACGAGGAGAUCCGCACCGACGCGUCCCCGCUCUUCCUCGCCGCGCACGCCGGGGACCUCGCCCUCGUCCGCACCUUGCUGGCGUGGGGCGCGGACGUGAACCAGAAGCAGUACCGGGGGUGGGCGACGACGGCGGCGGUGCGGGAAGGGAGGAGGGAGGUGGUGGAGGCGCUGCUGCGGGCGGGGGCGUCGCAGCCGGCGUGCGAGGAGGCCGUGGUGGAGGCCGCCCUGCAGGGCCGCCCCCGCCUCGCCGAGCUCCUCAUGUCCUCCGACCUCGUCCAUCCCCCCGCCGCGGCCCACGCCCUCGCCUCCGCCGCCGCCCGCGGAUUCGUGGACGUGGUGGACGCCCUCAUCAAGUGUGGAGUUGAUCCCAAUGCUACAGACCGCAUGCUGCUCCGCUCAUUGAAGCCAGCGCUGCACACCAACGUCGACUGCACGGCCCUUGUCGCCGCCAUCGUCAGCCGGCAGAUCGCUGUUGUUCGACUGCUAUUGCAGGCCAGCGUAAGAAAAGACGUCAAAGUCAGCCUCGGUGCAUGGUCAUGGGACAUGGCGACUGGCGAGGAGUUCCGCGUGGGUGCCGGGCUCGCCGAACCCUACAACGUUGCGUGGUGCGCCGUGGAAUACUACGAGUCCACUGGCACGAUACUUCGAAUGCUGCUACAGCACCAUCCUGUCAAUGCUCUACACUUGGGCCGGACGCUCCUCCACCAUGCCAUCCUCUGUGCUAACCCGCGCACAGUCCAGACCCUGCUGGCUGCAGGAGCUGAUUGCGAAUUCCCAGUUAAAACCGUCCGGAAGAACGAGUUCCGCCCGAUCCAUAUGGUAGCUCGCCUUGGACAACCUGCCAUCUUGCAACUAUUGAUUGAUAAGGGAUGCGAGCUCAAUGCGAGAACUGAAUCUGGAGACACCGCAUUGAUGAUAUCCGCACGGUACAAGCGUGAGGAUUGUAUAAGAAUUCUUGUCUCCGCCGGUGCCGAUCUCGGUCUUGUGAACUUUUCCGGUGCCUUUGCGGCUUUGGUUGCUGCUUCUAACCGAUGGAGUGUUGGCUUCCAGCGAGCAGUUCUUGGCGCAAUUCGUGGAGGGACAAUCCCUAAAUCGUCUGAUCGGUCUGUUUUCUCUCCCCUGAUGUUUGCGGCCUGCAGUGGUGAUGUGGGAGCACUGGAAGUGCUUUUGAUGCAGCCGGAAGUGGACAUUGACGAGCAAGACGAAGCUGGGUUCUCGCCUGUCAUGGUCGCAGCCAAGGAAGGCCAUGUAGAUGCCUUCCGCUUCCUUGUGUUCGCGGGUGCGGACGUGGAGCUAAGUAAUAAAUUAGGGGAAACCGCUAUCUCGCUUUCCCAAUUGAACAAGGAUCGGGAUCUUUUUGAGCAGGUGAUGCUCGAAUUCGCGCUCGAGAAGGGGGCGGCUGGAGGGUUCUACGCUCUUCACUGCGCUGCUCGGCGUGGAGACCUGGCUGCUGUCCGUCUCUUGACGAAUAAGGGCUGCGACGUUAACAUAAUGAACGAAGAAGGAUAUACGCCGCUGAUGUUGGCAGCAAAGGAAGGCCAUGGAGAAAUAUGUGAGCACUUGAUCCUAUCCGGCGCAAAGUGCGAUAUCAAGAAUCAUCGGGGUGAGACGGCCCUUUCUCUUGCGAGGACAAACUCUAAGGCAUUCACAAGCGAAGCGGAGCGCGUGAUAAUGGACGAGCUUUCGAGGGUCUUGGUUUUGCGAGGCGGGAGAGUGAGGAAGCACACGAAGUGCGGGAGGGGAUCGCCGCACGAUAAGAUGUUGAGGAUGGUGGGGGCAGCCGGCGUGCUGCGGUGGGGGAAGUCGAGCUGUCGGAAUGUGGUGUGCCGAGAGGCGGAGAUUGGGGGUAGCUCAGCUUUCCAAUGGAACAGGAAGGGGAAGGGGGAUGCUUAUGAUCCCGGGCUUUUUAGGGUGGUGACCACGAAGGGGAGGGAGGUGCAUUUCGUGUGCGACGGCGGGGAGGAGGUGGCGGAGCUCUGGGUUAGAGGGAUUAGGCUUGUAACAAAAGCAGCAUUUGGUAACUAGGGCAGUUAAGGUGCAUUUUUUUAUUUUUUUUUUUAAUUUUCAUUUUUAACUUUUUGGCCUUGUAGGAAUGGUGUGCUUGUAAGGGGAUGGUGAUGUAAAGAGGGGAAAGGAAAAUAUGGUGGUGUUUCGUUGUGAGUGUAGCUGCUGAUCUUCAUCUCGAAGGCGGGCUUUUGUUUGUGCUCGGGAUUAUGACUGCUGUAUAGCUUGGUUUUUUAUGAAAAUUUGCUCUGUCAAUGGUUUUUUGAGCA